CUCUUUCUCUCCGCCGCAGAGCCCACGAUGUCGGCCAACAUCACGAUGAAGCCCCUGUGUCCCCUCCUGGAGCAGAUGAGCCGCCUCCAAAGCCACAGCAACUCCAGCAUCCGCUACAUUGACCACGCGUCAGUGCUGCUGCACGGGCUGGCCUCGCUGCUGGGCCUGGUGGAGAACGGACUGAUCCUCUUCGUGGUGGGUUGCUGCAUGCGCCAGACCGUGGUCACCACCUGGGUGCUGCACCUGGCACUGUCUGACCUGCUGGCCACCGCCUCCCUGCCUUUCUUCACCUACUUCCUGGCCGUGGGCCACUCCUGGGAGCUGGGCACCGCCUUCUGCAAGCUGCACUCCUCCAUCUUCUUCCUCAACAUGUUCGCCAGCGGCUUCCUGCUCAGCGCCAUCAGUCUGGACCGCUGCCUGCAGGUGCUGCGGCCUGUGUGGGCGCAGAACCACCGCACGGUGGCCGUGGCCCACAGGGUAUGUCUGGCGCUCUGGGCCCUGGCCGUGCUCAACACCGUGCCCUACUUCAUCUUCCGGGACACCAUCCCGCGGGUGGACGGGCGCAUCAUGUGCUACUACAACGUGCUGCUCCUGAACCCCGGGCCCGACCGCGAUGCCACGUGCAACUCGCGCCAGACGGCCCUGGCCGUCAGCAAGUUCCUGCUGGCCUUCGCGGUGCCGCUGGCCAUCAUCGCCUCGAGCCACGCGGCCGUGAGCGUGCAUUUGCGCCACCGAGGCCGCCGGCGGCCCGGCCGCUUCGUGCGCCUGGUGACGGCCGUGGUGGCGGCCUUCGCGCUCUGCUGGGGGCCCUACCACGUGUUCAGCGUGCUGGAGGCGCGGGCGCACGCGGACCCGGCGCUGCGGCCGCUCGUGUGGCGCGGGCUGCCGUUCGUCACCAGCCUGGCUUUUGUCAACAGCGUGGUCAACCCGCUGCUGUACGUGUUCACCUGCCCCGACGUGCUGCGCAAGCUGCGGCGCUCGCUGCGGAGCGUGCUGGAGAGCGUGCUGGUGGACGACAGCGAGCUGGGCGGCGGGGGCAGCAGCCGCCGCCGCCGCCGCACCUCCUCCACCUCGGCCUCCUCCUUCUCGCUGGGCGGCCGCCGCCUGUCCCCGCUCGUGCCCGCAGGCCUGCUCGGCUGGCUGCGGGGUGGCCGCGCGGCGCCCCCGCAGAGGGACCGGGCCCGAUCCCAGGACGAGCGGGGCCCCCUGAACCGGGCUCUGCGCACCACCUCGGCGUAGCAGGCACGGGCCGGGGGAUCGCCAGGCUCGGACCAUUCUCCCCACGCCCCCGGGAGGCAAGGGCAGGGAGCGAUCGCGCGCAGCAGCUUCCCCAGGGCCCGGACGUUUAGUCGGAGGCUAAGGAAUCUGCAUGUUAAAGCGCCCCACGUGACUCAGUGAAUCCUUUUCAGAAACGAAGUGAGCUAAAGCCGUGCUUCUCAGACUUUCUUAUGCGGGAGUCACCCAGGGAUCCUGUCUGCUUGAACGCGCCGCCGGGCGGGUGUGCUGACAAUCUGCAUUUCUAACAAGCCCCCAGGAGGCGAUGGGACCACACUCGGAGUAAUGCGAGCUCAGCAUCCCAGGGCCUGGUGCAGAGUUGGUGUGGUACACGUUUGGUGGAUGGAACGGCAGCGGAAGAGCCAGGGGAGAGACUCUCCUGGGAUCUUGGUCCAGUGUUCCCUGUGCCACCACCCGCAGCUGGGCUCCCAGCGUUUAC